UCAUACAAAUGUGGGAAAUGUGGAAAAGCUUUUAUUAGUAGCUCAUACCUUGCUCAGCAUCAAAGAAUCCAUAAAGGUGAGAAACCCUAUGCAUGUAAGGAAUGUGGGAAAGCUUUUAUAGUGUGUGGAAAGCUUCAUCGGCAUCAGGAUCUUAAUACUGGAGAAAAACCUUUUGUAUGUAAAGAAUGUGGGAAGGCCUUCAGUACCUUCUCAUACCUUGUUCAACAUGAGCGAAUUCACACCGGUGAAAAACCCCAGGAAUGGAAAGAAUGUGGGAAGACCUUCAGUAGUAACUCACCCCUAGUUAGACACCAGAGGAUUCAUACUGGUGAGAAACCCUAUGAAUGCAAGGAAUGUAGGAAGGCCUUUACUGUGUAUCCACAAUUUACUCGACAUCAGAGGAUUCAUACUGAUGAAAAGCCUUUUGAAUGCAAGGAAUGUGGGAGACUUAGACUUAGUUCAUUUCUUAAUGUACAUCAGAGAAUUCAUGCAGGGGUAAAGCCCUACGAAUGCAAGAAAUGUGGGAAGAUCUUUAGUCAUGCCUCAUACCUUGUUCAACAUGAAAGACUUCAUAUAGGUGAGAAACCCUCUGAGUGUAAGGAGUGUGGCAAGGUCUUUAGUUCUGGCUCGUACCGUCAACACCAGAGGAUUCAUACUGGUGAGAAACACUUUGAGUGUAAGGAAUGUGGAAGGGCUAUUAUUAGUUGCCAUCAACUUACUGUACCUCAAAGGGUUCAUAGUGGUGAGAAGUCCUAUGAAUGUAAGAAAUGUGGGAUGCCCUUUAGAGUACAUGUACAUCUCACACAACAGAACAACACAACAACAGACAGGAAACCCUAUAAAUGUGGGGAAUGUAGAAAAACUUUCAAUUGUGCCUCAUACCUUGUACAACGUGGGAGAAUUCAUACUGGUGAGAAACCCUAUGAGUGUAAGGAGUGUGGUAAGGCCUUUAGUUCUGGCUCUUAACUAGUUCAGCAUCAGAGGAUUCAUACUGGUGAGAAACCUUAUGAAUGUAAGGAAUGUGGAAAGGCCUUUCCAAGGUAUGGACAACUUACUGGACAUCAGAGUGUUCAUACUGCUGAGAAACCUUUUGAAUGUAAGGAAUGUGGCAAGACCUUUAGACUUAAUUUGUUCCUUAGUGAACAUCAGAGGAUACACACCAGUGAGAAACCCUUUAAACGUAAAAAAUGUGGAAAGACUUGUAGAUAGUCAGCCCUUAAAGUACAUCAGAGAAAUCAUAUGCAUGUAAAACCCUAAGAAUUUGAAGAAUUUGGAAAGUCCAUUAUAUAUGGUUUAAACAUUGUUCAGCAUCAGA